GCGCGGGGCUGGAGGGGUUGGGGGGAACCUGGGGCCCAGAUCCCGCCAGGUAGGCGCGAGGGAAAGCUGCGGGGCAACGGGGAUGGCGGGCAGCGGAAGGCUCUCCUUCGCGGGCAGCGCCCACCUUCCCUCGUGCCUCCCUUGCGACUUCCAGGCGGCGGGGGGAAUGGGAAGAGCCAUCGACCAUAAACAUCCGGAGGGCGGGCGGGACAAAGCCCCGGAUUGGCUCCAGGAGAGUGGAAAGGGCGAGAGAGUCGGUCAGAGUUUAGCGCCCGCGUGGCGGAUUCAUUUCCCCCCCCCCCACCUCCCACCCCAGGUUUGUUGGUGAGGGAAGUUGGGGUGCAACUAGUCUCCCUCCCGCCCAUUGAGACCGAUAAAGGCUACACUUAGGUUUGGAUGUCCAGAGGGACACCUGAGCAGCACAGGCUGUGGGGCAUGAGCAGGGCUGAUUCGACGCAACGGAAGCUUCCUUGAGGUAUUUGGCUGAGAUGAGGGUGUAAAAAUAAUGGCAGCAAACCGAAGAGGAGCGAGGCGAGCAGCUUCCUUUUGUAGCUUUCCGUGUUCAGCUGGGUUACUCGCCUGCUCGACGCUGUAAAUGCCCCCCCCCCCGCAAGAACCGCCGUCUCUUGUGCAAGUCCGUCGGCCUAACUCCCUCUUAGAAAAUGAUAGCUUUUGCAAAGGCAGUGGGGUUAGGUCGCGUGAUGCACCAACACGCUACCUUUCUUCUUGAGAGAAUAUCAACAUCAGAGUUGGCCCCUUCUUGAUUGGUUCACCUCACAUAAACAGUUUAUGUAGCUGAUGGGAAAGGAUGUUUGUUGAUUUACUUUACUUUCCCCUUCUGAUGCACAAAAUAUGAACUUUCUGAAACUCAGGACAAAGAGCCAUGCAGGCAACUGGGUGGUGUUGGGGUGGGGGUUUGUGCCUUUGGGUACUGUGCCACAGAUUUACAGCAUGAAUUCUUCUUGGAAGUUUUGCCUUUGCUUUUUGAAAUGUGGUUGAUAUGUGCUUGUUGGUGAUGGGAACUGUUUAAUGGGUGUUUUUUUAAUUGUUCUGAUAACUCUGUGUGUGUGUGUGUGUGUGUUUGAAAGCUUCAUGCUGCAGUGGCACAAAGAAAAGAAUGAGCAAGGCCUUUGAGUGAUGUAGCUCUGGUACUGAGGCUUAAACAUGUCAGAAACACAUUAUCUUAGGCAUGCCAAGUGGAUAAGCUGUUUUGAUGCAGGACUGGGAGUGUACACCAAGAAAAGGAAGGCCUGAAGAGAUCAUGAUGGACUUGGAACUUGCUUUAAAAGAACAUGCUGUUACAGUAGUACUUCGCGUUACGUACCGUUCCCCCUUCAGGUUACGCGCUCUGCUAACCCGGAAGUAGAUGCCCCUUGUUGCGAACUUUGCCCUGGGAUACGAGCGGAAGUCACGCUCCUGCGGUGCAGCAGCAGCGGGAGAUGCCAUUAGCGAAAGCGCACCUCAUGUUACGAGCGGUUUCCAGUUAUGAACAGACUUCCGGAACGGAUUAAGUUAGUAACCGGAGGUCCCACUGUACUCUACUGGUGUUGGGUUAAAAGUUUAAUUGUGUUUUACUAUCUGUUUUUGAUGGUGUGCCUUUUAAUGCCUUUGUUAAUUUGUCUGCUAUUUUUCUACAGGGAAGCUGUUAUUCUGUAGUUGGUUUGUACAUCUAGGGGCAAAUGUCUUAAGUCUUAACCUUCCCUUACCUGGCUGUUGGUGAGAAGGACAAAGGCCAAAGAUGUGUGUGAGAGCUAGAAGCUAGAAUCAGACUGAGAGACAGAGCCAUGCCUGAUUUCUGCUGGAAUCUAAGGCUGUGGCCAUGAGGGAAAGGCUGUCAGAACUCUCGCAACUUUGGAGUUGAUAUGAUAAUUUACAACACUGUACAUGAUGAAGAAGCAACCAAUUGCCUUUGGGAAUGAGGAUGGUGGAAAGGCAUUGGGCACAGUGCCUGAACUUUAUGUUCUCAUGAAACAGCCACAGAUCACUGAAAUAGCUGACCAAGGAGACUUGUUUUCAAAUCAAGAGGACAAUGGCCUUGCUAGCAGUAUAGCAGCACCUGUAAAAUCGAAAGUGAAGACCUGCCUUCCAGCAGAUUGCACCUCAGGAAGCAUUACUGUUACCUUAGACAACAACAAUAUGUGGAAUGAGUUCUACUAUCGCAGCACAGAAAUGAUUCUGACUAAGCAGGGAAGGCGGAUGUUUCCAUACUGUCGAUACUGGAUAACAGGCUUAGACUCCAAGCUGAAGUAUAUCUUGGUUGUGGAUAUUUCUCCAGUUGACAACUUACGCUAUAAAUGGAAUGGCCAUAGUUGGGAGCCCAGUGGGAAAGCAGAACCCCAUGUGCUGGGAAGAGUAUUCAUUCACCCUGAAUCGCCUUCUACUGGUCAUUACUGGAUGCAGCAGCGGGUCUCUUUCUACAACCUCAAACUUACUAGCAAUACCUUGGACCAGGAAGGGCAUAUCAUUCUGCACUCUAUGCACCGCUAUCUACCUCGGCUACACUUGGUGCCUGCUGACAAAGCCACAGAAGUGAUUCAGCUAAAUGGUCAUGAUGUCCAUACCUUCAUUUUUCCACAGACAGAGUUCUUUGCUGUGACUGCCUAUCAAAACAUACAAAUUACACAACUGAAAAUAGACUACAACCCAUUUCUCAAAGGGUUCGAGAAAGCUGGUCUGAGCAGCAGACCUGAACAUAAGGCAACGCAAAAUGAUUGCCCAGAGCAGGAAAGACGUAGAGUUGCUAACUUUACAAGCAGUUUUGUUUCGGAUCUGAAGCAGAGAGACCUAGAUGCUUCAUGUAAUGCUUGGAAGAUGUGUAAAUCUUCUUUGGAGAAAAAAACACUUACUCCCGACACAGAAUGUGAUGCGUCAAUAUUAAAGCAGGAUGUAUCUGAAUGUCCAACAACUUGUGAAAGUGAUUCCUGUGUGAAAUCACUGCUGAACUCAAAUGAUGAUAUCCAUAUAUCCAUUAAAGAUGAGCCUGUAGAUGACUAUGCUUGUGGGCCAAGGGUACACACAGAGAGGAUACUCGUGCAACUGGAAGACACUGAUAAAGCAACAGAAAAAUAUUUCUGUAGAGAGAGCAACAAGAUUUCAGAGGCGCAGUUGGAGAAAAACUGUGAUGAAAUAGGAAGAAGAGAAGUGGACAUUGAAUCCCACAAGCAACCACAGAGUGUUGCCAAAGCCAAAACUUUAAAAUUGGGUAGUGGGACAGUGCCUGAUGCCUCCAGAAAGUGCUGUGGUACCACCAAGAAUAUGACCAUCUCUGCUCUUCGGGAUGUUUUGUCUUCAUAUAAGACAGAGAAGUCUUCUUUGAAUCAUUCAGUAAAUUCUUUGCCAGUCUGUUUUGAAAAUAAACUAUUUAGCCCGCUUAAAGUUGUGAAAACAAAACAAAAAGAAUUUCAUUUCAGAAGCAAUAACACUGAGAAGUGCUAUUUAGGCAAAGAUGUGCCAUGGAAUCUAAAUACUGAAACAUACAGCAGCCAUACGGCAACAAAAAAAGCAACGAGUUUCAACCUCUUGCCCCCUACGUCAACCAAAUUUAUUCAUGGAGGAAAAGAGAAAAAUGUAGUCAAGGAGGCUGUGUUGGGAAGGGGUGUUGAUAAGAAAGCAGGUGAUGUGUUGUCGGGGCCAGUUAGAAGAGGAAGAGGAAGACCGCGUAAAGUGAAAUUCUACGAGAUUAAACCAUCCUUGAAAUUCACAGCAAAGUCUGCCUUAACAAGCAAUGUGGGACCAGAUUUUGCCAAGCCAGAGCUCGUGCUUGAUUACGAGGAUAUAGAUGGAGUCCUCUUUGCAUCCUUUGCAUCAAAGGAUGUUCUUGAUAAACACAGACUUGAUAAAAUUGGGGGAAGAGAAGGACUACAGAAUGGAGAAGCUUCCUUCCUGACUACAUAUGAUUCAGAAAUACUUUUUUGUUCUAUGACAGACUCUCAAAUAAACCUACAACUUCUAGAAACAAAGCUCUUAGAAGAUUUGAAGUCCUUCAGGCACAGACAAGUGAUACAUCCUAGUCUUCAAGAAGUGGGACUGAAGUUGGGUUCCGUGGACCCAACACUUAGCAUUGACCUGAAAUACGUGGGUGUGCAGCUUCCCCUGCGACCACCAAAGGAUUAUGUAUUUGCGGAAAACCAAGUGACAGAUCUCAGUUGUCAAGAUACUGCCCUUUCCUUCAUUUCCAAGACUGGGAAAACCAAUGAUUUUAGAAAGAUAAAAGGCUGGCAAGGAAGACUUAACAACACUUCUAAGCAGGAAGGUAGCAUUUUAGAGGACUCGCUGAAGAACCGAUCAGCCUUCUGCAGUGAUAAACUGGACAAAUAUUUGGAAACGGAAGGGAAGCUAAUGGAAAGUGUGGGAUUCUCUUCAAGCCCGUUUAGUUAUCCCAUGGAUUGCCAGAUUCCAUCCAAAAGUACCAGCUGUGUUCAAGCCCUCGAUAAAGUUCCAGAGAAGAAACCCAUCAUUACUCCACCCAGAAAAGCUAAGAAUAAACAAACAACUUUUCGAGGCAGGGUAAAAUCUCCCCAAAAGUUUAUAAUGCCUUUACCUGUUCUGUCAAAGCAGGAGCAUGCUUUCUCUGCCUUGGAAAACAUCAGUAGGUCUAGAUCAUAUAGCCAAGUGGCUGACGAUGUGCAUGUGGCAGAAUCAGAUGGAAACGUACAGAGAAAGCAAAGAACUGUGCGCCAAGCAAAGCAACGAAAACAGAGUAGCUGUCCACUGCAUUUAUCUCAGAUGAAACUGAUGGAGCUGGAGGAUUGUGCUUUGAGGGAUGGGAAGCCACAAACCUGUAUUACUGAAGAAUGGGCAGACCUUUCUCUGGAGACUUUGAUCAUCUCUCAGCAGGUUCCGGUGGAGUUAAUGGAAUUGGAAGGUCGUGCAUUGCAGAAUGGGAAGCCACGGACUUGCAUUACCAAAGAGCGAGCAGACCUAUCUCUAGCAUCACUACUUAACCCUCAGGCUUCACUCAAUAGCAAGCCUAUCGGCAGCCAAGACCCAGCACACAGUGGCAUCUGCCAGCUUGAGUGUGUCUGUGCUGGUUUAGCUUCUGGGACGUGCCAGCCUACACUUUCCUGCAAGACAGAUUGCACAUUUGAUUGUCUGAAGAAAAGGGUGGCCCUGUUAAAGGGAGUUUCUGUGAACAAGAAAAGCUUGAAGAAAUAUUUGUGUGGAAUUAUUGAAUGCUGCAACGGAAAAAGGGAUUGGAAACUGGAGCAUGUUAAUAAACAGAUGAGAAGCAAUGAUGAAUUCUGUAGUGCAGAGCCAGACCUAGCUGUUAUGGAUUUCCCAUUGCGGGUGAAGGAAGAAGGGGGCGUGUUUAUUCCUGGCAAAAGUGCAAUUGCUACAAAGACCGCUCCAGACGACGCGGAUGCAGGGGGAGAAUUAAGUGGGGAACCUUUUUUGUAUCCUGACAUUCCAUCAGACGUGAUAUUGGCAGACCAUUCGUAUGUUUGCAGGAAGCCAAGUAAGACAGUUAAAGUCACUGCGAGAAGUGAGAAGCAGCAUGCGAGGUACCUUGAAGGUAUGUCAGAUGAGGCUGAAGAUGGUUUGCAAAUUGACGUUCCUGUGUGUGAUGCAUUACAGAAAAGCCCCACACGUCAGGAAGAGGCUCCGCAUAUGAAAUGUUCAAAUGGGGAGCAAACACACAUUGCCCAAAUGACUGAUUCGGAAGGACCUAAACAGACACAGCCGACAUUGCUUGGUAAACUGAGCAUGAGCCAUACAGAAAAGCAGCAGGAAAAGGCCAAAUUGCUUCAGAGUCGGCAGCAAAAUCAACAUGACUUUGAACUACUAAGGAGGCACUGGAAAGAGAGGGGUGACUCCAUGCAAAUUGAAAAUGACAAGGAAACAGAGAGAGGAGAGCUUGAGAUCAGUUGUACAAGGGACCAGAAUUACACACCAGGAAAGAAGUGUGUGGAUAGUGCCCAAGAAUAUCUUCCUAACAGUAGUGCUGAUGCCCAGGAGAACUGUAACAUUUUUUGCUAUGAAAAAGGUCUUUCUGGUUUCCGAGGAGAGAAUCAAGCUUUUAAGGAUGACCAUGCUGAGCCCAGCAGAACUUGGAGCAGAUCAUCCCAGAAUCCAGUUGCUAAAUGCUUAGAAAAAAAUGCAUCUAAAACCAAUUAUUGGAAAAAUGGUCCUAUGUCAUUUGGUAUUACCAAGGAUGAUAUAGGAAAUGGUGAAAAAACAGAUUAUUCUGCAGAGGAAGAUAUUGAUGGGAGUUCUGAUCACCAGAUUGAAGCACUGGUAAAGAAUACAAAUUGGAAAGGAGAGUGCAGUUCUGUCAAGCUGGAAGAAAACAUACCGCAUUUGAAAAUGGUGGAGCCCAAAGAGUCAGAAAUCACAAUAUACAAUACCAAAUUAAGAGAAAAUAAGUUGCCAGCACAUCCUUCAGAGUUCCAUUCUGAAAGUAUCAUAUGUGAGAGUAGUGCUACUACUUCAGAGAUGGCCAAAAAGAAUGCAGAAAUUGUAGAGCGAUUAUCCAGUGAUGCUCCCAUCUUCCAUCCUGAUGCUGUAUCAUUAGACCACACCUAUAGCAUUACAGCAAUGUACAAGGAGGGACAUCAUGUUACCUGUCCUGAAGAAGCUCCAGGUGAUACUUCUCAAUGGAAUGGAAGGGAUUCCAGUCAAGGUGACAAGAAAAUGAACACUGAACCUGGGGAGUUUUCAAAGAAAAGUAUUAUUUCUCAACUGAAAACUACAGCAGCUCAUGCCCUACUUCCCAAACAGUUGCAUCUUGCUCAUGACUCUUCAAAUAAAGUGAUGGAAAAGUCCCCUAAACCAUCUGGACUCUGGAAAAGCGAACCAAAGAAUGGGACACAAAGCAUGACUUAUCGCCCGAGACACACAGAAGAUGAACAGCGUCGGCGUAAGCAAAUGAAAGAACUCUUUGAAAAACUGCAGGGGACCUUGGGAUUGCACAGCACUCCCAAAAUUGCCAAGCGCAUCCUCCUCGAGCAGGGUGCUUUGAGAGGAGAGAAGAGAAGCAGUCUUUUUUUCCUCUGUAUUGCACUGGAAUGUAAAAAUGACCUCUUAGUCCCUUUCCAGGCCACUGAAGAUAUCCAGAGGCUAAGAGAUCAGGCAGACCAAUUGACAAGCCACAAGAAGUUCCUGUUGUGCAAGCGCAACACCUUGAUUCGUAAAGUGUCUGCACUCUCAGGCAAGCCACAGGAAGCGAUCUUGAAGAAGCUAGAAUACAUUUUUACAAAGCAGAAGGCACUAGAAGAACAGGAGAACCAGAACCAGCAAGAAAUGGUGGAAAUCAUUAAAACAGUGAGAACUGCUAGUUCCACUGUGGAAAACAGCCCCUUUUCUCUUUCUAGAGAGAUGAAACCGGUAAUCCUGUCCAACAGGCAUACGAAACCAUUGAUAUGUUCCAAGAACAGAAGCAGUGACACAGAAAAUGAAGACUCCUUAAUGAUGCCAAGGAUAGUAAAUGUGAUGUCACUGGCUACUGGAGAAAAUACAAAGGAAAUACAAAUAGAAAAUGUGGUGUCAUUGGCUACUGAAGAAAAUACAAAGGAAAUACAAAUAGAAAAUGUGGUGUCAUUGGCUACUGAAGAAAAUACAAAUUUACUCCUGGAUUUAAAUAAGAAACCUUAUGUAACUCUGGAUACAGAUUCCCAGAAAUGCUUACCUUCCAUGCAGAUAGUAUUGCAGGAAACAACUGGUUUUCAGUCUGAAGGAAAUGCGGAACCUUCUUCCAGAAAACAGAGGGAUGCUACUGGAACAGCACAAGUUUUUCUUAGGGAAAAAGAAAACUGUUUUCCACAAAGAGUAAAUGUAUCCAAUAUGAAGGGAUCCCCAGAAUUAUUUGCAACAAAACUCUUCAUUGAAGAGUUAAGUGGAAAUCGGGUUAGGUUAAAAGAUCUAUACAAGGGAGGUGAGGGACAAAAGUCAAAGGAUUCUUCAUUUCAGAAGCUACAGAUUAAUGAACCCAAGGACUCUGGGGUAGAAAUGGAACUGCAAAAAGUAGCCUCUGCAAUACCUGAACCAGCACUGGAUGCAAGUGACUUAAUUGACCUAAAGAAUGAUGGCAUUGAUGAAACCCUCACCUCACUUCUGAAUGAAAUUGUAUCCCUCAAGCAGCAGCUGAAUGAUGCAGCCCCAGACAGAUCAAAACUCCCCAACUCCCCAAGCACUGAGUUAUCUCUGGAAGGUAUGGGAAACUGUAUGGAAUCAGCUGCUGCAGCAGGUUUUCACUUUCAGUUUGGCAAAUUGGGUGAGAGCUAUAAGGACCUCUGUUUUGUGCAAGAGAGUAGUGGUUCUGUAACUCCACUCCUGCUUCAGCUGGAAGACAAUGAUCUCACUGAUGGUGACAGGAACUUGAGAGAUCCUUCAUCUGAAUCGGGUGUUUUCAAUCUAAUGCCAGUCUCCGAAGUAAAGGACCCAAAUUGUAACAUUUCAACAAGUAGUGGGAGAAGCUGGAAAAAUGUACCAUGCAUGGCAAAAACUACAAAUGUGUCUCUUCCAGUUCUGCAGAUGAAAACUAAUAUGGAAUCUGGCCACCUUGACACACAGUGGAAGCCCAUGCCCAAACUGGCACCCUUUGGACUAAAAGGUGCAAGCUUCCUAUUAGAUUCAGGAAGGCAAAACACCGGGAUGACGCCUUUGUUGGCACCUGUUGGUGCUAACGUGUCAUCUGUUGGUUUAAAAGCCACCCAUUCAGCAGUCAAUGACAGGUCUAUAAAGUAAUGCCUACAUUAGCAACUGUACUUGCAAAAUCAAAAUAAUACUGCAGCUUUAAUUUUAAACAUAUUGGCAGAUGCAUGCCCUCAGUUUUUCUAAGAAAACUUCAACACAUAUAUGGUCCACUUUGAAUAGAGGGGUUUGUGUCUAUGAAGCUAGGUGAUCUUUGUGAAUGGGCUGAUUAAGGAUACACUAAGUUCCUAGUAAAAAUCUUUGGGUGAGCCAAAAUUAACUAAUGAUAUAGAUCUAUCUAUAUCAUUAUAGAGCUAUAUAAUUAUAAUUAGUUUUAUAAGAAAUCAGAAUGACUUUGUCACAUGUUCUAUUUGGGAAGUGGAACAAAAUUUUACCUUUAGUUAUAAAUUAAAAAAAAAUCAGUGGGAGUGUCAUUUCCCCGCUCGCCCUCAGACUACAAAUUUAAAUGUUCCUUUAAACUUUCAUUUGCUAAUCCUUUCUUCUAUCCUUUUUUAAAUAUGUGCAUCCUAGAGAGAGGUCUGACUAGAUCUAUUCUUCCCAAACCUCUUCCACAUUUUAAUACUCAAAAUAAUGGUUAUGCUCUAAAAAGAAACAUGUUUGUAGGCACACAUAAGUCCUCUCACUAUAUAAUUAUUUAUAAAACAAACUUAAUCCUGUCAAGUGGGAAUUGGGUCCCUAUACUACUCCACAUUGCCGUGGAGUAUUUGCAAAUUGUCAUUACCUCAACUAUAUGAGCAGAGCUGAUGUGCAAUUGGCUCAACUCACAGGAUUUAAGUAUUCACAUGUAUGUUGCAGUCACAUGAAAUAGCAUGACAAGUUUGGCAGCUUCCACAUGUCUGUGUUUGUGUCUGAAAGAGGUCAUAUUUUUAGGUAACAAUCAGUGUACUCUUUGUUCAUUGCUUUUGGCUGGUUCCUCCUCCCUCUUGCCAAACUUCUGAUACCAGUUUAGUUGCAAAAAUGCAAACUGCUUUGAGCUGUUGCAGGUAAAUCAAACAGGUUUGAUCAGGUUGUUCAACAAUAAUUGUUAUUUGCAAGACGUUUCAAAUUCAUCAUUUUGUAAGCAACAGCAAAGAAUCUAUAGGAACUCAGCUUUGAAAUGUAAAGUAAAGGUAUUUUGUAGUUUUAUACAA